CUCUGGACGCUGGAAGCCUGAGAUCAAGGCCCUGGCAGGGCUGGCUCCCUCCGAGGGCUGUGUUCCAUGCCUCUCUCAGAGUUUCUGGUGGUGUUCCUGGCGAUCUUUUGGUUCAUUACCCUGACCUCUGCCUUGAUCCUCACGUGACAUGCUCCCUGCAGGUGUGUCGGUCUCCAACUUUCCCCUUUCUAGAAGGACACCAGAUGUAUUGGAUGAAGGGCUGCGCUGGUGGCUGCACGUUAACUUGAUCGCCUCUGUAAAGACCGUAUCUCCAACCAAGGUCACAUUCUGAGCCAUCCUGGGAACAUUUCUUGAGCAUCUACUACGUACAAGGCACAAGGGGUGUGGAGAUGCAUGGAGAAAGAAUGCAAUACCGUCUUGCAUUUCAGAAGUUCAAGCUCUAAUGCAGGAGAUGAAAAGAAAACAAUUGUGGUUCAGAAUGAUAAGGGGAGCCAUAGAUGUAACCGCAAGUUUGGAAGCCCUGGGGUGGGUUGGGGGGCUCCUGACCCCCUCGUGGGAGGUCCUGGCGAUGUGCAUGAGUGUGCCCGAGUGUGCCCAGGCUGCACCCUCAGAGGGAAGGAGGGAGGGUAGGGAUUUACAGAGGCUUCCAGAGGAGGUUGUUGGGGACACACUCUUUCUCUUGCUGCUUCUUUCCCUGUGGAGACCUUCCCUAGACUACCACUCCUGGGCUCUGGCCAGCCCAUUAUUCAUCUCCCAGGGGAGGACGGAUGACUUAGCUGAUGCUGAGUUCAGGAGAGGGAACCGUGGCAGUGUGACUCAGCCAUUUCCUGGUGGGGACCCUUCCGUUCUGCUCCUCCGUGCCAUAAACUUCAUAGAAGCAGGCCUUUGCCGGGAAGGUGCCGCUCGUGGCUGGCUUCCUAUUGACCCACGUCGGCAGCAGGAGAAAAAGAAGAACACACAGGAUGAAAUCUGGAUUGUCCUUCUUCUUAAACGUAGGUGGCAGGGCAGCCUCUGGUCCAAGACCGGAGUUGCCACCAAGGUCCCAGAUGAGACUCUUCCGGAUGCCUGCCUUCCUUUGGGUCCGUCUCUAUCUUGGAAGGGCCACUUUUGUCAAUGUGUUUUGGGUCCCCUUUCUGGAACACCUUUGCCCUGGUGUUCCUCAUGCUUGUUGGCUUCCCGAGGAACUGAGCUCAGGAUCAUACUUGUCCCUGGAAGAAAAGGCUGUCACUGUAUCAUCCCUGGCCUCUUGGGAGGCCAGUCAGAAUUACCGCCCCUUCUUUCUCAGACGACAAGUUGCUGCAGUGCAAAGAGGGAUCUAAGGUGGCCGACCACUCAGAAAGGACUGGCAAAGCCCCAGAGGGUCCCACGCACGCCCCCCUCAGGGUUCUCACAUCAGACAACACCCACUCCUUCUGGAUUCUCUCAGCUGGGUUCCUCAGUUGGUAGCCACACGGGUUCUUUUCUCCUACAGUUUGAGGGACACUGAAAACUUCAGGGUGACGAACAGCCCAGUAGAGGGAGCUGUGUUAAACAAAUUCUCCAAGCCGAACAGGAAAAAAAAAAAAAAAAGCUUGCAUUUAACCAAGCAGGUGGCCCUGUGUGUACUUUGGAAACUCCAUCUAUCAGUGGAGUGGUUGCCUAUUCGAAAGCUCUGAGCUAGAGCAAAACUUUUGCAAGGUGGUAUCUUGGGUUUUAUGGGCUGCCCAGGGCCAGGCGUCUUGCUUCCAUCAGCAGAACUUGGUUUUGGCUCAACGUGACAGCUGCCACAAUCAGACCAGCCGGAAGAUUCCAUAGGCAGGCCCUGACUCCAGCGUGGCAAAGGAGAUGCACAAUUCCGCUGAGCCCACGCUUGCACACCAGGCAGGGCUACUCAUGCUCUGUCUCCAGAGGUAGAUUUGUCAGAGAAACCUAUAAUAUAACAGUUUUAUUAGUGACAGGCUUUGAGGGCAGAGGUUGAGAAGUGAUGCAAAAAUAUUUGGAGCUUGUGUUCACUCGAUCCACCUAACCCCCCCUGGGGCCUAGGAAUAGGCUAAAUUCAAAUCCAGGGCAGCCCCCGGUGAAGAGUUUCAAAUAAAACUCUGUGACCAAGACAAUUGCGGAGUGUGGAAAAUAUCAUGCAAAAGCAAUACGGGUGUAUUUGGAGUCACACGAGAACUACCAACGUUGAUCGCAGGUGAUGAAAGAUACCUCUGGCAGAGACAAAGCCAGGGACACUGGCAUCUUUGAGGACCCACAGUUGCUCACAGGUUAAAAGUACAAGCAAAUCUUUGGGGAAAUAAGAAGGAAACAGGAUAAUACAUGAGGGCUAUACAUGAGAAGACCUGACCAUAUGUGUUGGUUUGGUAGGGCUGCCAUAACAAAAUCCUACAAAGAGGUGGUUAAAGAAAUGGAAACUUAUUAAAAAGUAAAAAUAAUUUUAAAAAAGUAAAAAUACAAUUAAAAAAUUUA